GUAAAAUGAAUUAAAACUAAGGCACACACUAGUUUGAUUAGAUAUACGCCAUGGAUCCUUUAAAAGUUUUGUGGGUGCUAACAAAUAGUACGUAUUUGGUGAGCAAGUACAUGAAAAACUCCAAUAAGGAUGAGAACUCCCUGUAUUUCCAGCAGGCUGUGUAUGAGGUUGAGGUAGAAGAGAACGUCAAACCUCACUACACAGUGAUCAGAAUCACAGUAGAGAGCCAUGAUACUUUUCCUGACAUCAAGUACGAGAUUUCAAGUGGGAACAUUGGAUCUGUGUUUGGGGUGGAAUCAAACAAUGGCAAUAUAUAUGUUGAAGAAGCUCUUGACUACGAAACAAGGCAAAAGUAUUCGGCAAGGAAAAUGCACGUAUAA